UUUUGUUUGUUUUUCACUUUAAUUCUAACGUGAAUUGUUUGUUUUGACUUCUAUCGUGUACAUACUGGAAUCAUUUUUGUUCGGGAAUGUGUUAAUUUGAAUACAGCUGCUUUGAUUGAGUACACGAAUAAAGCUAGGAACCUGCUAAACAAAAUGGCACUUGCAUGUGAUAGAAGGUAUGUUGGAGGGGAUGUAUGGUGUGCAUGUGACAACAGUGUAGUCUGUAUUAAUGAAAACCAAGAAAACGACUUUGAAACAAUAUCACAGACCAUAAGUAAUUUUACACGAAGGAAUCCCACCGAUACAGAAAUAGUACAUCUGUUGAUACAGGCAAUAUUAAAUACCUGUAAUACGCGAAUUGAUGUGUUAAGUAAAGCAUGCACAAAUCCCCGGGACUUUCAUGAACCUAUCAUCAAGGCUGUCGACACUGGUAAUUCGAAGAUUUUGAAAACAUUGCUAGAAAACAAUUUUGAUCCAUGUAGCUAUAAAAAAGUUGAUACGAUACCAUUCCGUCUGUCGGCCAUUGACCUGGCUUUACAGAGGAAGGAUAUUCUGUCUGCAAAAUUGCUCAUGCAAUACGGCGCCAAACCUGAUAUCUAUUUCGGUGUUACCGAAUCAGUUGAACGUGGGAACGAUGUGCAUUUAUUUUUCUUGCAAUCCCAUUUCUCAGAGGAUGUUAGCAGUGUGAUAAAGUUCCACAGUGCCGGGUUUCUUCAUACCGCAGUGGAGAAGGGCCACACAGAAGUCAUAAAAUUGUUGAAACAGCUGGGAGCUGAUAUCAACUUGGCUAUACACCAGAGAGGCACGCCAUUAAUGUGCGCACGUAGACCUGACGUCAUUAACCUCUUGAUACCGCACGGAGCCGAUGUAAACGCUAAGCUUCCGGCAGAAUUUAACAGCUCUACUGCAUUGUUACAUGCAGUCUCUGUUGGGUUCUACAGUAAAUUUGUCAAUUCUCAAGAAAAUGUUAGUAAAUCAAGUAACAUGAUAAUGAAUGAUAUACAAGAUAUAAUUAAAUCUCUAGUAAGCAACGGUGCAAAUGUAGACGAUAGAAACAUCGAUGGUAAAACAGCUCUUAUGGUGGCUGUUGAACAAAGCGAGUAUUCGGAAAUUGUUGAGUUUUUAAUUUCUAAACACGCCAACACCAAUCUUAGAAACAAAGAAGGAAAAACAGCUUUACAUUUGGCUGUUAGUAGUAGAUGUAGGGCUAACAUAGAUGUUUUGCUGAAGUCAAAGGUAGAUUUAGACGUGCAGUGUAAGUCAGGAAUGACAGCUUUACAUGAAGCUGUCCGGACAGGACAGAGGACAGUUGUUGUAGCCCUGAUUCAACAUAAAGCUGACGUGGGUUUAACCGAUGCUAAAGGCAACUCCCCGCUACAUCAUACAGUGAUUAGUGAGUGCAGUGAUACUGGCAUUGCAGAACUAUUGUACUACGCUGGGUGUGAGUUAGAUCAAAGCAAUCACGACGGGUACACGCCAGUGAUGCUGGCUGCUGAGAGACUACAGAUGGAUUAUGUAAAACUGUUCUGUAAACUUGGAGCAGAUGUUAAUUUAAUGAACAGCAAAAUUGGCAAAACAGCUCUUAAUUAUAUUUUAAACGUAAAACACAGAUCAGAAACAAGGGAGAUGGUGUGUGAUGGAAUUAGCUACCUUCUUGGUAAAAUCGAUAAACUCCCUAAAAUAGAUCCUAUGAAAUUUCACUUUUUAAUAUUUGAAGGCAGGAUCGAGCUUCUUCAUAAGUUUGUAUGUGCGGGGUUAAAGCCAGAUAACGUUGAAUUGAGACUUCAAAAUUAUGACGGUUAUAACAGUCAACAGGUGCUGUCCCCAAUCGCGUUCGCUCUCUUGUGUAAUGAGGUAGAAAUAGCCGGGUACUUCUACGACCUAGGUUUCACGACGAAAGGCGACUUACUACUCAAAACAUCUCAACAAAGUAUUACAAAAUUCUUAGAAAGUAAGGAGUACACCCAGGGACUACAGUUCCUGUCCGAGUUUUCGCCAAGAGCAGUGAGGCUACAGAGCAUGUGUUUUCUCACCAUCUCGUCUGCUGUUGGCUUUGGUAAAGAGCGGGAAACAAAAGUCGGGAGCUUAGGAUUGCCGCGAGUAUUUCAGAGGAAACUUCUGCUCCAGCCCGAUAAUCUAGCCAGCACAGGCCGAGAGAGAGGAGGCCCCAGAGACGAGUACAGGUUCCAGAAACUUCUCCUGACUUUCGACAGGUUUUGUGUAGCAGAACAACUGAUACCUGGACACGUAAACACGAGAUAAACACAUACCAUUGACUUCAUGGGCUAAGCACAUUUACUUGGUUUCGUUAACAAGAUUUGGAAUACAUAUGGAAUUUCUACCAAUGCUGAAUUUUAGUAUAUGAAUGCGUGUGUACCGUAGACUUUUAUUUAAACUAUAAUUAGAAAACAUUUAAUCUAUGUAAGCCUUUUUAACAAAUAAUAUUUAUUGUAACUUCAAAUAUCCCUGCACUCAAUUACAAGUAAUAAGACCGACUAAUUAAUUCUUUAUUUCACUAUUUCUAUUUUUACUCUAACCAAUUUAUAUUGUUACUGCGUUAAUGUAAAAACGUCGCAUGUGCAUUUUUACAUUGAGGACCCAUUUCUGAAACAGUAUAUUUACACCACAUAUUUCAAGUGCCUGAUAAUAUCUAGAUUUUUUUCUUGUUUUUAGAUUGAAUAAAUUUAAAAAAUUAAUAGUUCUUCAAAUCAGAUUUGCAAUAUAUAUUUAUUUAAAACAAUCGGAAAAUCGACUAAAUCAUCAUGAAAACCGUCCAAAGUUAGCUCACUCUAUGCUUGGGCCUUUUCGCCUAGCUGUAAUGAGAGAAAUACAUUAGAUACAUUAGAUAAACACGUUUUCAUGAUGUAAGCUUAUCAGACGAGUCGCUGAUAAACUGUGUAGUAUUUUAUUUUUUAUCAGUUAUUUUUAGAAACACGAUGGCAGCUUUUACAAUAGACACGUAUAUAAAUGGUACACAUUGUGAUGUUAAACUUUGUGUGUAACACAUAUGGAUACCAGCCAUGGGGGAUAAGUAAUAAAGUUGUAAUUCAUUGGGUUGCGGCUCCUGUGGGGCCGUAACUGUUGAUGUAGUUUUUUUGCAUGCUCUUCGGUGAGCGAUUUUACCUGUGUCCCAUGUCAUGUGACAUGGGAUUAUGGGUAGUUUGUCUAAAGCUUAGCGAAUAAGUAAACUUUAAUUCAAACCUAAAUCUGUACAUGUUUGAUGUGUUGUGAAUGGUUCACUGUGUUGCUUGGUUAUGUAAUUCAUCACAUUCCACUAUUUUGUUAAUAUCCUAUGAAUUACUUUUUUUAAAUUAAAAAAAAGUAUA